AUGCGCCCUGGUUUUCCUCGACAACCAGGCUCUUUUCAUCAGCGAGGAGAGCAAGUAGCAAGUCCCAGGUUUGACAGCAGCCAUUUUGACCAGGGCGGCUCGCUCUGGCGGAACCCAUGCAUCGGAGGCACACUGGCGGGCAAUUAUCGCGUAGGACCGGAUUACAAUGUCGACUACUCGUCACAGGAGCCGCAUACGGCCGAGCAGAGCCAAGCUCCGCAUCCUUAUGAUACGCACCACCAUCGCGGCUCGCUUCAGCACGCCGGGCCGCCGCCCCUCCAUGAGCCGCCUCCCCAUCAAUCCCACCACGGCCUGCCACAGCACUAUCCUGCCACUCACCAACAUCACCCUCACCCUCACCCUCACCCAAUUCUCACAGACCCAUCCCACCUGGGCGGCCAUCCGGGGGCGCGACAUCUCGGCCACCCUGCCCAUCCAGGGCCAUCGCAUUACGGCGCCGGCCCCUCUCCCCACAACGUCGUGCCCCCCCUCUACCCAUCUCUAACCCCGACCCAUGGGUCUACUGCCGGCGUGAAGCGUCAACGGCCUGAUGAUCUCGAUCUUGCGGUUCCCGGCAUAUCGGAACUUGAACAGAAUGAGCUGGAUUCAAUGCAGCAAACGCCCCUAGGCGCUGCCUAUGCCCAAGCAACGGGAGUCCCGCCAGCACAUCACCACCACCGGCUGCCAGACACAGGACCUCCGAACAAGUUGAUGCGACGUGAUGGGGAGAGCAGCAUAGGAGCCGGAGCUCCGAGCGUGGUUGGGCAAGCUGGGAUGCCAGCCCCAGCUCCCAGACCGAGGGGGCCUAAGCUGAAGUUUACGCCAGAGGAUGAUCAGCUCUUGAUUGACUUGAAGGAGAACAAGAGCUUAACGUGGAAACAAAUUGCGGACUUCUUCCCUGGUCGGUCAAGCGGGACAUUGCAAGUGCGUUACUGCACCAAACUCAAGGCGAAGACAACACAGUGGACGGAUGAAACGGAUCAAAAACUCAAAACCGCUCUGCAAGAUUACGAAAACGAAAAGUGGCGUAUCGUUGCCAACAAAGUCGGCACCGGAUUCACACCAGCUGCAUGCCGCGAGAGGGCAGCACAGCUAUCAGGCGAAGAGUUAUAGCAAUCAGCGUCUCCACCAGGAGCUCCAGCACCUGAGGGAGACACCACCGUUUACCCGUCACAACUCCAGUGACAGCAUCCAGUACGACCCGUAGGGGCUUCCUUCCAGCUUCCACAGACACAUUGUCCAUAUCGCCCAUCGAACAGGGCCCGAUCUAGGAUUUACCUUCACAUACACUGGAUUUGCUUAUCCACAGCCAAUACCUUUUCAUCUUCUUUACGCACUCUCGUGCUUCUUGAUUUACUUUUCUUGUUAGCGGAUGGAUUUAUGUUUAGGGGAUGGGCUUGCUGUUUUGUUGGAACAGAAGCGGCGCUAAUAUUUGAGAUACCCCGAAACCGCUGAAAUUCUACAAUUUUGUGCUCUGUUUUUCCUUUGUGGCAUCUAUUUCGUCCUACACAUUUGUUUUAGCUUUUUUAUGAUAUAGACUCGGUCGGAUGGGUGGAAAGUUACGACAUACACGACAGGCGCGCGACUAUAGACUACGCAACGCCUACGACCGAGGAAUGAGGCACGAUUCCCGGGGGCAACGAAAGGGUAAUAUUUUGCAUGGACGGACAAGAAGAGGAUACACACGAGAGACAGGAGAGGACACAAGCGCAAGCUAUGGACGAGCUAGGUGGAUCCUCGGAGAGGAUUGUCGCGUGCACAGAAGAUAUCCAAGGCCAGCUGUGUUUGGAUCGGAACUUGAAAGCUGAAAAGGCAGUGGCAUACAUACUUCUACAAUAUUCUCUCCUAGGUGUUCUGAUCAACCAUGUUUACACUUUUUAAGACGGCAUGGAGAAGGCCUUGUCUACAUAAUUGUAUAUUGUUUAUU